GGACCCUGCAGUGCAAGGGGUCAAUGGAACUGCUGCCGUCAUGUUUCCGACUCUUACUGGGGGUCUGCGCGUUGUGUUAAUGUUCUCCCAAAACAAAACUACCUUUACGGCACUCAAGUAUGUACUCGACAUAUAACUUGCAAUUAAGUAUACUGGAGCCAGGGUGGUUAAGCACGUGCUCGGCCUCCUCAACAGACUUAUACCAACCAUUUGUUUGGGCCUUGGCGAGCUUCAUGGGGUCAAGCUGGAUUACCUUUUUCAUUUUCGUAGAUCCAUCGAAACACACGUUCACGACGAUUAUUAGCCUCUGAAUUCAUGGUAUAGUGGAAAAUAACUUUCUCACCCUUUUUGUAAUUGCUGUUAUAUCCCAGACAAUAUAUCCCUAUGACUAAUAUCACAGAGAACUGAUCUGUCAACAAUAUCACGAAUGACAUUUUUAACAAAUCAUCAAUGUAUUCGGGAGGAGAAGCUUUCUUACUGUGGGGCACACCAUCAGCAAGUUUGCUGUCGUUGUUGUUGUCGCUGUCGUUGUUGUUGCCAUUGUCAGCAUCACCAGAACCUUUCUUAGACCAUACAGUCCUCUCAGCCUUGAUACUCUUCCUCUGUGUGUUGGAAGGUGAGUCUAGUAAUACGAUAAUUGAAACGCCAUCCGUACGAAUGAUCCCUCUGAACUUGUGUAGUUUUUUGUCAUUUUAAGAAUCGAGCAAAACCGGCCAACAAGAUAUAUCACAAAAUAGUGACCAAAUUUCUUCUGGUGACUUGCCUUCAAG